UGUUUCAUAUACUUGAGCUUCAUACAGAGUGAGCGCACUGCGAGCAAGAUGCCGAUAAGCACGACGGCGAUCGGAGCCCUAUUGGGGCUGGGCACCCAGAUGUACUCCAACGCCCUCCGCAAGCUCCCCUACAUGCGCCAUCCAUGGGAGCACGUGCUGGGCAUGGGUUUAGGUGCUAUUUUCGUAAACCAGCUCGUGAAAUGGGACGAGAAGCUUAAGGAGGACCUUGAUAAGAUGCUCGAUAAGGCCAAGGCCGCCAACGAGCGCCGUUACUUUGAUGAAGAUGAUGAAUAACUUGCAUCUGGGUUUAUUGUGGCAUGUUCCAGUCCUGAGAUACCUUUGGACAUUCAAGUUGUAGGCACUUUUCUGCUUUCUAUGUAAUGUUGAUAUGUUUGCAAGUUGAAACUUUCCUGACCUUUUUGAGAUGCAUAAGCUUUGUUAUAAAUUUUGCAAAGAUGAACACACUGCCCAGUGCAUUAUUAAUAAAUGGAAUGAUUCA